GGGGCGGAGCCUGAGUUAUGUUCCGCUUCCUGUCUUAUGGUUUAGCCGCCAACUUUUAAUUUAGCAUUUACCGCCGCAGCUGCAGCUCCCGUUCAGAUUAAAAGGAGAAACUGUACUUAAUUUCUAGAGAUGCCUUUUAAUCCGAAAAGACCGUGCCCCGAACCAAUGAACGACUCCAUGAACGACUCGAUGGAGAAAAGGAUAAAGCGCAUUUCCAUCGAGGGCAACAUCGCGGCUGGAAAGUCGACGUUUGUGCGCCUUUUGGAGCAGGAGAGCGCGGACUGGGAGGUAGUACCGGAGCCCAUCGCUAGGUGGUGCAACGUCCAAACAUCAGGGAACGACUUUGAGGAGCUGACUGCAUCUCAAAGAAGUGGAGGAAAUGUCCUGCAGAUGAUGUACGAGAAGCCAGAGAGGUGGGCCUACACCUUCCAGAGCUACGCCUGCAUCAGCCGGGUCCGAGCGCAGAUUAAAUCCGCCAACGGGAAGCUUCGGGACGCUGAAAACCCCGUGCAGUUUUUCGAGCGAUCCAUCUACAGCGACCGAUACAUUUUUGCAGCCAACCUGUAUGAGAGUUCAUGCCUGAAUGAGACGGAGUGGUCUGUGUACCAGGACUGGCACGGCUGGCUGCACAAACAGUUCGGGAAGCACAUCGAGCUGGAUGGCAUCAUCUACCUCAGAGCUUCACCGGAGAAAUGUUUGGAGAGAUUGCACCUGAGAGGCAGGCAGGAGGAGCAGGACAUCCCCCUGGAGUACCUGGAGAAGCUCCACUUCAAACACGAGAGCUGGCUGCAGCACAAAACCAUGAACAUGGAUUUUGAGUAUCUGAAGGACGUUCCGGUCCUGACCAUCGACGUGAACGAAGACUUUAAAGAAAGCGAGAACAAGAGCGCCGACAUGAUCGAGAAGGUGAAGGAGUUCUUGAACACUUUGUGAAGAUCCGAGGACGUGGUGGAUGAAUCAGUCGGACAAUGUUAGAGGGAUAUUUGAAGUUCUGUACAUUUAAAAAAUGAUCCGGAUGCCUGCACGGUUUUUAAACCUCAUGAGUUUUGUUCUUGUUUUUUUAUGUGUAUUUAUCAAUUCGUGCAAACUGUCCUUCAACAAAGACAAUAAACUUGAAAUAAUCGCA